AUGUCAACAGAUCACCCCGUCUGGUUCAUCGCCGCCGCAUCAAGCGGCUUCGGCCACGAGAUUGCUCUCGCAGCCCUAAAACGUGCACACGUCCUGGCCCUCGACGUCACGUCUCCCCCUUCGACCAUUGAGUCGGUUGCUGCGAAAGUGUUUGAGAAGCACGGACGCGUCGACUACCUCGUGAUUGCGGCGGGCUUUAUUCUCGAGGGCGCGGUCGAGGAGGUUUCGCGGCACACGAUUGCAGCCUUCCUGCCGCGCUUGCGAGCGCAGCCGGUAGCCCCCGACGGCGUGCGGUCUACCAUUGUCACGUUUGGGAGCCUGGCCAGCUGGAGAGGCGGCGCCGGCUUCUCAAUCUAUGCCAUGACCAAGGCCUGCGCGUCGUCGCUGGCGGAAUCGCUUCGGGAUGAACUGGCUCCUUUCCAGAUUCGCGCUGCAACGGUCGAGCCCGGCUAUUUUCGGACGUCUUUUCUCAACGCCGGCGUCAUGGUCAACGCGCAAAAUCGCAUAGAGGUGUACAGCGACGAGGCGACACCCACGGGGCAACUGAGGAAGAAGUUGCUUGCCGUUGAUGACAACCAGCCUGGCGACGUCGUCAAAGGGUGCAAGGCUCUUGUAGAUGUGCUGACUGGAACUGGGCUAGCCCACGGCAAGGACCUCCCGGUGAGGGUGGUGUUGGGGCCGGAUUGUGAACGAGUCAUUCGGGACAAAUGCUCACAGAGGCUUGGGAUAUUAGAUGAAUGGACAGAUGCCAUCAGAAGCACCGAUCAUGACCCGUCAUAG